AUGUACGCAGUAGUAACAGUAACAGUUAACGCACCGAAAGAGCCUGGCCGUCUAGACUCUACCCCAACAAAUGACCCAUCCCCUCACCGCCCCGAUGAGUCGUAUCUAUUCCCCGACCCCAUUUCACCAGUUUAUAGAUUCUUGGAUACCUCUUGUCCGGUCUGCAAGAUGUCCACUCUCAUUCCCCGAGAUCCCUAUACCCAGGAUGAGCUUGCUCGCCUGUAUCCACCGGGCUUGAAGCUCCAGCUGGUCCAAGUGUUCCUUCGCCAUGGUGAACGCACACCUGUCUCAUCGCGAUUCGAAAAUACAGGCCUAAGUCCAUACUGGCCAUAUUGCGGCGUCGCAAAACGGAUGGUGCAGAUGGCGUCCAGCAGCAAAGACCUUUCGACAUGGAACGGAUUCGAAUGGCGUCGGAAGAUGGAAUCCUUUGGCACAAAUGACCAGGCAGUUGUAGCCAGCGGACCGGGAGGAUUAGUCGACUCGAUGUGCUUGCAUGGUGAGCUCACGGAUAAGGGCCGUGAAACGACAUAUGCGCUCGGACAACGGCUGCGCCAUCUCUAUGUCGAUCAGCUCGGGUUUAUGCCCCAGAUCAAGGCCGAUGCCGAAGACAUGUACCUGCGCGCCACGCCGAUCCCUCGUGCUUUACAGUCGCUUCAGCAGGCCUUCUGGGGCAUGUACCCGCCUAGCGCGCGGACGGCCGACUUCCCGCCGCCGGUGAUUGUGGCUCGUCAGGUCAAUGAGGAGACACUGUUCCCCAAUGAGUCGAAUUGUAGACGGUUCCGACAGCUGGCACGGCUUUUCGCCGACCGCGCAGCUACACGAUGGAAUGACUCGGAACAAAUGGCGUAUCUGAACAGCCUCUGGUCAAAGCAUAUGCCUGAAGAAUCGCCCAAGGUUGCUGUCGAUGCUCACCCUCGUCUGUCUGGAAUCAUGGACACCAUCAACGCAACUGAUGCCCAUGGCCCAGCUACUAAGCUUCCAGCUGAGUUCUACGACAAGAAGGGUCGCGCUGUUUUGGACCGGAUCGCGGUCGAGGAGUGGUUUGCCGGUUACGGCGAGAGUAGCGAGUACCGCAAGCUGGGCAUUGGUGCUCUCAUGGGCGAUGUGGUUGAUCGCAUGGUCAGCACCGCUGUUGGAGGUGGCUGGCGCAGUGAGACUGCUGCCUCUGGGUCAAAUAAUCCCGAGACUGGCAAGGCUAUCAAGUUCGCCAUGAGCGGUUGCCAUGACACCACCCUUGCCGCGAUUCUGUCCAGUGUCGGUGGUUUCCAGGACGAGUCAUGGCCUCCCUUCACUUCCUCUGUUGCAAUUGAGCUCUUCUCCCAGGCGCCCCGCACGGCCAUGCUCAAAGAGUUCUCGAAGCCUUCCGUCGAAGCCAAGAAGCCUGGCGUUCUCGCUAAGCUGUUCGGUCAAUCCGCACCGAACGAGACCACCACGUCCGAGACCGCACGCAGACCUCUUGCAUCCUUCCCCGAGGGCGCUCGUAAGUCUCUUCAGAAGCACUAUGUCCGUAUUCGCUACAACGACCGACCUGUCCGUAUCCCCGGCUGUGCCGCCAAACCCGAGAACCACCUGCCCGGCGAUGAGACCUUCUGCACCUUGGAUGCGUUCAAGGAGAUUGUUGAUAAGUUCACGCCCCAGGACUGGCAGACCGAAUGCACUGCCAACCUUGGUGCAGGGCUCCACGGCCCGGACGAUCAGGCAAAGUCACCGGCUGGCUUCUAG